AUGCUCAUAAACAGUAGAAAGAAGAUUCUGUUAACAGGAGUACCGCAAUCGAGCAGAGCCCUUGACGAAACCAAUAACAAAGUUCACGAAAUAAAUUUCCAUGUGAUGACAAAUGCUACAGAGGAUAAAAAAAUAAAUUUGAAAACAACAUCUAUAGAGAAUAUUUCUCACAUACAAACCCGUCUUACAUCAUUAAUCGAUAGCAAUGACGAGAGUUCUACGUGUAGUGAUGGUGAAAACGUGGAGAACAGUUUAAAGGCGGAUGUCGAAAACUUUGUCAUUCUUAGAAACGCUUUACAGUGGUGGAAAAUGAGCAAGAUCGUUGAGGAAAAAACGGGGCCAAAACUAUUCAAUUUCAAGAAGAUAGUGACUUAUGUUAGACCGUUAAAAACAAAGGCAUUAAUGGAAAAUGAAACAGUAACUGGAGACCCAACAAAAAGUGACAGAAAAAGGCUUACUGAACUAGCCUCGACUUGGGGAUUUGACAUUGUUGAGGUAACGGGUGACGGCAAUUGCCUUUUUACGGCAGUCGCAAUGCAAUUGCAACAAAUGAUGAGCUUGAAUGCACAUAAUGAAUCAUUGUUAAUGUCGCACCUUGCGGAACAGAUGGGAAUAGACACAUCUACAUCCAUCAACGAUAUUGGUAGCAUUCUCAGGAGUAAAGUCGUCCAAGAAUUGAAGGGAGAACGAGUAGAUUUUUAUCAGUCAUUUCUGCCCAGUGAUGUAAACUUUUUGUCGGAGGCAGAUCGUUUUAUCCAAUCGGGAACGUUUUCAGGUCCGCUAGGCGAUCUUAUACCUCUAGCAAUCGCAAACGUUAUUCAAAUACCUUUAUUUGUCUUAAAUCCAAGUUUUUUGACUCCUUUUGUGAUGAUUUCUCCUGAAGGGAUGGUGCCAGCCUCAAACGUCGUCUAUCUCGCGUAUAAUGCAAGUGGUCCAGGACACUAUGAUGCGCUAAUUAUCUCCCAACGUGAUCAGCAGGAGCGAUUCACUUCUGAAACAAACAGCAAUCUCGAUGCUCUCGAGAGUCAGUCCACGCUUUCCACGGAGAAAGUGCCAAUCUCAACUCCAAGAAAACCAUGUCGAUGCGGAGAAAAAAAUAAAUACAAAUCAAAAGCAAAAGCGUCAAGGAACUACAAAGGCAGGUGCAAGUGCAUCAACGAAUACGGUACGUGUAUGAGCGCAUGCAGUUGUUGUGGAUGGUGCCAAGGCAAACAAUGUGGGGGAAACCAAAGGCUUCCUCGAGACAAAAAAUGUAGAACACCGAGAAAGCGAAGUAAAAAAUACAGGCAUACCGUGAAAGCGAAGCGAUCAAGACUUUCACUGGAAGAAAAUGACGAAAAAAUCAAAGAUCCUGGAUUGAAUGAGCUCGAGUUCUUUGUCAUGCAUGCUAUUAUCCAGCAUGUCAACUCAAAGAAUGAUGUCAAAAAUGACAACAGUCAUUUUUGUGACAUGUUUAGCAAAAUAGUCAAAGUCGUAAAUAGUUUCGCUUUUCUAAUGGUUCUUCCCAUAUUUCACCAUUCCUUACAGGUGCUUUACGAUGAAAAAAGAAAGUAUGAUAAGCUAAGGAAACGUUAG